CUCCAAUAUAUUCACAUUCUGAAAAAAAUUGCUAUUCUUGGCAGACACGAUUUCUGCAUGACCCAUCUAAAGACACUGGCUUUGUUGGCUGUGCUUUGUCCAGCAACAUGGUGAGAUUUUUCAAGACCACAGAUGGUCUCUGGAACCAUGAGGUUGCCAUAUCUGUAACUCCACUGAAGGUGCGAAACUGGAUUCUACCCGAAAUGCCAGGGUUGAUCACAGACUUUCUCAUCUCUCUUGAUGAUCGGUACCUCUAUUUUGUCAACUGGCUUCAUGGAGAUGUUAGACAGUAUAACAUUGAAGAUCCUUCAAAGCCGGUGCUGACAGGACAAAUAUGGGUUGGAGGUCUCCUUCAGAAGGGAAGUGACGUAGUCUGUGUGUCAGAGGAUGGGGUGGAGUCACAAUUUAGUGUACCUGUGAUUAAGGGAAAUCGACUUAGAGGAGGACCGCAGAUGAUUCAACUGAGCUUGGAUGGGAAGCGGCUGUACGUGACAAACUCACUCUUUAGUGUGUGGGAUCAACAAUUUUAUGGCCCAGAUCUCGUGAAGAAGGGAUCUCACAUGUUGCAGAUUGAUGUGAACACCGAGCAAGGUGGGUUGACCAUAAAUCCAAACUUCUUUGUUGACUUUGGGACAGAGCCUGAUGGACCUGCACUGGCACAUGAGAUGAGGUAUCCUGGUGGAGACUGCACUUCCGAUAUUUGGAUAUAGAUGAAGCAGCUUCGGAGUAGAACUCGGUUAUCACUGUAGCAAUUUACGACAUCUUUAUGGAACAAGGUUAAUGUACUAUGUGAUUUCUGUACUUGGUGUUCAGGCGAUUACGAGAAAGGAUUCUCACUAUUAGCUUCU